CCUAAAGCUAAACAUACCUAUUCAUUUCUUGGAAAACUAUGUUUGUUGGGUUCUUUUAUUAUUAUUAUUAUUACAAUUUAUAUUUUUAACAUUUGCAGCUGAGGUGAAAAAAAGCUAUGGCCUCAAAGUUGGUUUUGCAGAGAAGGCUCCUCAGGUUUUUGCAACUGUUAGCGCCUUCUUCAUCUUCUUCCACUCAUAUGGUCCCAUUCCUUUCUAAAAGUAGCCUUCUUCCUUCUCGCACAUCUUAUUCUAGAAAUUUGUGCUCUGGCAAUUUUAAUCUUGAUGAAUCUCAAGCCCCCCUGACUGUUGAUUACCGUUCUCUACUGGAUGAGAGUGAAUUCCAUAGACUUGCUGAUUCCACAAUACAUAGCGUACAAGAGAAGUUAGAGGACUAUGGAGACUUAGUUGAAGUUGAUGGAUUUGACAUAGACUAUGGGAAUGAUGUUUUGACUGUAAAACUUGGCGAUCUUGGCACCUAUGUAUUGAACAAACAAACUCCAAAUCGACAACUUUGGCUCUCUUCUCCACUGAGUGGUCCUUCAAGGUUUGAUUGGGAUCGGGAUAUCAAGGCUUGGAUUUAUAGACGGAACAAAGCAAACUUGUAUAAAAUCUUGGAAGGUGAGUUGGAGCAGUUAUGUGGCAAAGCUAUCGUUCUUUCCUAAGCUGUUGAAAAGGUGCCGUUUUUAUGUAGAAGACAGAAGUUAAUAAUGAUUGUAUCAUGUAAAUAAUCAGCAUAAAAUAGUAGUGAUUAACAAAUUCUUUUUUGAAGUUAUACUAUCUUUUCAGCUUACUUAUUGGGAGGAUUAUUGUUGCAUUGGGCAUUGUGGUAAGUUAUCCUACCAUUUUGGCUUCCAGUUUUGGAGGUUUAAGGAAUACUAGGCCUGCAUCAUAAAUGCUGAGAUGAGAAAUGGAGUAAAAGCAUAAUAAGAUAUGUAAUUAUGUAUGGAUAUGUAGCAGUGUUGUUUUAAUUCAGCAGUUCCGCAAUAAUCUUGAAAUUAAAAGUAAUUAUGGAUGGA